AUGGCCUCCUCAACCAAUACGCUACCGCUUCAUAUGUAUAUUAGACCUUUAAUUAUUGAAGAUUUGCAACAGAUAUCGAACUUAGAAAGCCAAGGAUUCCCACCAAAUGAAAGAGCUUCAGAGGAAAUCAUCAGUUUCCGCUUAACCAAUUGUCCCGAAUUAUGUUCAGGCCUUUUCAUCAGAGAGAUCGAGGGCAAAGAAGUUAAAAAGGAGACACUGAUCGGUCAUAUUAUGGGUACUAAGAUACCACAUGAAUUUAUUACCAUUGAAAGCAUGGGCAAAUUGCAAGUGGAAUCCAGCAACCAUAUCGGUAUUCAUUCUGUAGUAAUCAAACCAGAAUAUCAGAAGAAAAAUUUGGCUACUUUACUAUUAACUGAUUACAUUCAAAAGUUAAGUAACCAGGAAAUUGGCAACAAAAUUGUCUUAAUUGCCCACGAACCAUUGGUACCAUUCUAUGAAAGAGUUGGAUUCAAAAUCAUUGCUGAAAAUACCAACGUUGCUAAGGAUAAAAGCUUUGCUGAAGUGAAAUGGAUCGACAUGGAAAGAGAACUGAUCAAGGAAGAAUACGAUAAUUAG